CUUCAAUUUGAGUUUGAGGCGCGCGUGGCGACUUUAUUAAUUAUAAUUCCUCGUAUGUUUUGAAUUAUCACACGUACAAAUUGUCGCUUGUGUGCGUCGUCAAAUUUUUAAUGGUAUAUAGAUAGACGGUACGUGCGACGACGCGAUCAUUUCGGCACCGGGCGAGUCGCGCUUAGUUUUUCACACGUUGCUGCCCACAGAAAGAUUCGGACCAGCAGCGGUCGCCGCAGCAACCGAAUGUUUUUCGCCAGUUUGAUCGGCGCGUUUCUCGUCGGCGCGUCAGCCGCCGCGGGUAUUACCGCGUACAUGACAACGCCUGAAUUAAUUCGAAAUCUUCAAUACCCUUACGAAAUUCAUCAAGUUGAGACUACGGACGGGUAUAUUCUGACCCAUCAUCGCAUUCCUUAUGGAAAAGCUGGUCCAGGAAACCGUACUCGAUGGCCAGUUCUGAUACAACAUGGACUUGUGGGCGAUUCCAGUGCGUGGGUGAAUAAAAACUCGAAACAAGUUGAUUCACUAGGUUUUCUUCUCGCCGACAUCGGCUAUGACGUGUGGCUGUUAAACAGCAGGGGCAACUACUACUCCAGAGGACAUGUUUCAAAGGGAUUUUUUAAUCCUACGUAUUUUGAUUUUUCCUACCAUGAGAUGGGUGUGUUUGACUUGCCCGAGACGAUCGACUACAUUCUGCAAGUGACGGGGGUGGCUCAAGUGGCUCAUGUGGGCCACUCACAAGGUACCACUGCAAUGUGGGUGAUGCUUUCAGAAAGACCAGAGUAUAAAUCGAAGGUUGCCCUGCACAUUGCUUACGCUCCUGUUGCAUUUCAUGCUCAUAGUGUCAACCCCAUAUUUAGAUUCGUCAGUGUUUUUGAUCGAGUUGGUAUUUUGUCAACGAUGCCUUUCCGUAUUUUGGAGGUACCUCGGAACAAACUCAUUACUUUCUUCUUGACCAACGCUUGUUCCAACUGGUCCCCCACCAGAUACUUCUGUGAAGUAAUAUACUAUUGGGUAAUGGGUUUCAAUCCAGAUGAGCUGGACAGGAAUGAGUUGUGGAAUAUAUAUGGGCAUUACCCGAGCAGUUCUAGCCUCAAGCAAUUUACACAUUUUUCCCAAGCUCUAAACAAACCGGUUUUUGCCCAAUUUGACUAUAAACGUUUCGGAAAUUGGAGAGCAUAUGGCAGUGCUGCGCCUCCGGAAUAUAACCUAUCCCGAGUUGAUAUACCGGUUUACUCGUUCUAUGGGGGGAAGGAUACCUUCUGCCAAUUACCGGACGUUGAUCGAUUGCACUCGCAGUUACCCAAUCUCAAAGCCAAGUACUAUAUAGAAAAAUGGGCGCACUACGAUUAUCUGCACGGAAUCAAUGCAAGACAAAAGAUUUACGAACCGACGAUGCAAAUUCUGAAUGAAAAUUUGAAGUGAUUGCAAAUGAUAUAAUGUCACCAGGACAAUAACAACGAUUGUUAUUACUUACAUUAAGUUUUAUUGUUGUUUGUGAAAUGUCAAAAAUGUGUAGGUUAUGUGGAAGGAUUGUGAAAUAGGUGCAAGUUUCUGUUAUUUUAUGAGCUAAAUAAAUUGCCAACGUUUGUUUCGACAAGAAA